UUUGCCGUUGGCACAAAGACGAAAUUGAAUCUGUGCUGCUUCGUCAUUGUUCGUCCAAGGCCCCGAGUCCGCUGAGGUGAACUCGAACUGUUUGACAACAACGACCAGAGCUUCCUUUCAGUUUCCGUGUAACUACCUUCGUCUGUGAGCUAUCACCCCGCCAUCACUUGAGGCAAACUUCAUCCAACUUGGACCCCUCCGCCGUUGCAGUCGAAUUUUAUUCCAACGAGGAUUUACAUUCAUUGGACUUGGCAUUGGGGAGUUCAGUAUAAAUGAUAUAACGGCGUGGUUGUCUUGCCGUACGUGACUCUGAAGAGAACCCGUGUUUUCUCUCCAUGAGCCGGAAGGACCUCCUACGAUUUCUAUCGAAGCCUGCAAAACCCAGAUAACACCAGCUCCACGCGUGUAGACCCUCCGCAUCUUCCGUUUUCUUGUUUACCUGAAAUUUUUUUAUACCAGACGCAGAUAUCCUCGUCUGUUAGACCCGAUACUUUCACCAGUAUCGGUAUCUGUCAGUUCGAGGGUACCCCGAGACUGGCCACAAUUCCCGGUUUAAGGGCAUUCUUCCUCCCCCUCUCCGCCAGACCUCCCUAGCACCCUUUUGGAGGUUCACAUUACAUAUUCACUGUUUUGCUGUCUUUUCAGCACAAUCAUAUCGGACUUUGGGCCGUCUCUUCUCAGACGAACACCGCACCGUUCGUCUGGGUGGAAGAUAGUGCUUCAUAGCAUCGCUCACCUGAACACCCCUGUAUCCUGAAGCUCUCUACGGCUUUUUGCUUUUUUGUUUGUACUCUGGAUCAUUUAGUUAUAUUUACGAUCCAUCUUCGGAUAUGGUCAGCGUUCAAAUCCCAAACAAUUACUCCACUUCGCCAUCCUCAUUCGUGGGGACGCCGUCGUUGACGAUUAAUCAUGGCGCGACCAUAGAUCUUGAUUCGAGCAACGCCUUUGAAGGCCCCGAAAAGCUUCUCGAAGUAUGGUUCAGCCCGUCUGCCCACGAUCUCGCUGGGACAGCCGUUCCCACCGGACUUAAAGCUGUCUCGCCGGAGAUCUGGAAGGGCAUGCUUGAUUUGGUCAACUGUCAAGUUCUGUCAAUCGUCGAAUCCGAUGAUGUCGAUGCCUACCUGUUGUCCGAAUCAAGCAUGUUUGUCUUCCCUCACAAACUGAUUCUCAAAACGUGUGGCACAACAACACUUCUCCUGGGCCUGCCUCGAAUCUUGGAAAUCGCAGCCUUGCAUGCAGGCUUUCCGAAAAACAGCCCGCCUUGCUAUGGCGGCAUCUCAAGCGCUGCAGCUCCGUAUCGGGUAUUUUACAGUCGCAAAAAUUUCCUAUUCCCGGACCGCCAGCGUGGUCCUCACCGCAGCUGGCGCGAUGAGGUCAAAACGUUGGAUAAGCUCUUCUUAGGAGGAAGUGCCUAUAUGAUCGGUAAAAUGAAUGGUGAACACUGGUAUCUUUACCUGACUGAACCGUUUACGUCGUUAACGCCACCUACGACGCCGAAUCACGAGACUUCCAUCAAGACAUUGACUUUACCCGAGGCAAUGAAUGGCAUGCAGCCAGAGAACGGGCGAUGCGAUGAAAGUGACGAGACUCUUGAGAUAUUGAUGACUGAUCUGGACGAGAAGAAUGCAAAGCAAUUCUAUCUCGACCAUGCGAGUGCGGUCGCAGAAGAUCGUCAUCGAUCUCUCCACCAGAACAACGAUCAUCAUUUGGAUGUAUUCAGCAACAAUUCUUCUGACAACAGUGAUAUCGAGUCGGAUGCUGGACAAUCGCUGCCACCCGAGUUAACAAGCGAAGGUCAUGCUUUAGGUACCGUGGUUUCUGACUCCUGCGGGCUCUCAGAUGUCUAUCCUGUGAACAAGUACCCGGAUGCCCGUGUCGAUGCCUACCUGUUCACUCCAUGUGGGUUUUCUGCCAACGGGGUUGUUCCGUCCCCUGACAAUAAGUCUGGCACCCAUUAUUUUACGGUCCAUGUGACUCCUGAGCCUCAUUGCUCAUACGCAUCGUUUGAAACCAACGUUCCGCAUGCUCAGUCUGGCCGUGAAACUGCCGAUAUUGUCAAACACGUCGUGGAGAUCUUCAAGCCUGGACGCUUCAGCGUUACUUUGUUCGAAGCAAAGCCUCCCCAUGCUGAUGCACCCAGCGUCUAUGAUUCUAAGGCCUUGCAACGCCAUGCCGUUUUACGCAACGCAAAGAUGGAGCAUAUCCCCGGAUAUCGACGUGUUGACCGUAUUGUCCACGACCUGGACGGAUAUGACCUCGUGUUCCGCUACUACGAACGUAAUGAUUGGAGAGGAGGAGCCCCAAGAAUUGGUGAAACUGGAUUCUAAAUUGAUAUUUGUUGCUAUCAAGAAUGACACAUGCUCUUUCACUGCGUUUAUGAUCUGAUUUCGGUAUUUACUUUCUCUAUUUCGGGAUUAAUGAACAUUGGUCAACCCGCCGCUGCGUUUGAUGGCUCUCUGGGCAUUUUGAGCGUAUCAACCCAAUCCCUUAGCGGUGAAGUCACUCUGUCUCUGAUUUUCACAUGUUUGUUUUUAUCUUCUUUUUUGGUGAUCCACCAUCUAGUUGAAAACUGCCGCUCCUUUUUCAAAUGGAAGUUAAAUUUCUAGCUUUUCAAA